CCUCGACUCGCUCCCGAAACUUUGUUUAUCCAUUGUUUACUGGCCGAUAACACGUGCUCCGUGCCCGUAAAUAGAAGAAAAAAUAAAAAGAAAAAUUUCGCGGCAUAAUUCAAAUCGCGGAUGGUAUUCGACGAGUGAUAAAUUACAGUGGUUUAAAUUCCGAAUUCAUUUGUAAGCCUGAUUCGCUGUGAGUUAUUGGAUUUUUGGUGAAUAUUUUUCAGUACCGGCAGUUUUUAAUUUUAAAAGUUAUUCAGUUACAGAUUAUAAAAUAAUUAACCGAGUGUUUAUGGAGUUAUGUGGAAUAAAAUAGUUGUGUUUAAAUCGAGCUUUCCUAUGUUCGAGUUACUUUUGAUUUUCGUUGUUAUCACGAUGGGGACUGAAGGAUAUUUGGAAUCUGAAGAAUUUAUAAGUGACCUGGACCGACCAAUACCAACAGCGAACGUCCAGGGUGUUCUGGGCAAGAAGGCAGCUCUGCCGUGUGACACGCAGCCGCUAGCCACUGACGACCUAGUUUCCAUGGUGUUGUGGUUCAAGGAAGCUGAUGGAGAACCGCUUUAUAGCUACGACGUCCGUGGCCGGCUGGCGUCCCAGCCCAAGCUGUGGUCUUCCCCCACUGGUUUCGGGCCGCGAGCCUACUUCCGCGCCGCGGCGUCUCCUGCCGUCCUACUCAUUGACAACGUGAUGGCGACCGAUGCUGGAGUCUACCGCUGCAGAGUCGACUUCAGAAACUCUCCCACUAGGAACAUGAAGCUCAACUUUACUGUUAUUACACCCCCGGACCGGCCCAUCAUUAUGGACGCCAAGACGAGGGAUCAAACAAGACUCCUGGAGCCUUACAACGAAGGAGACGUCAUUGAGCUCAUAUGUGAGACGCAUGGAGGUGACCCCCGGCCCCGUGUGACCUGGUACCUUGAGAACACGGUCAUCGACGACUCCUUCGAGCAGCGCUCAGACGGCGUCACCGUCAACACGCUCACCUUCCCCAACGUGGGUAGGCAGCACCUCAACGCACGCCUCGUCUGCCAAGCCAGCAACACAAACCUCGCGCCACCUUUGACCAAGCUGCUCAUUCUGGACAUCAAUUUAAGACCAUUGACGGUGCAGAUCCUGAACAAGAACCGUCAGCUAUCAGCAGACAGGGGUUACGAAGUGGAAUGCCAGACCACCGGGUCAAGACCUGAAGCCAGCCUGACAUGGUGGAAGGGAAACCGCCAGAUGAAAAGGAGUGCUAAAGUUUUCUCUGGAAACAACUCAACAACCAGCUUGCUAUCCUUCAUACCAGAGGCAGAAGACCACGACCAGAUGCUGGUCUGCCGCGCUGACAACCCUCGUGUGCCGCUGGCUAUCAUCGAGGAUCGGUGGCGGCUCAACGUUCAUUAUGUACCAGUGGUUACCCUCAAGAUGGGUUCUAGCCUGAACCCUGCCCACAUCAAGGAAGAUGAUGAUGUUUACUUCGAAUGUCUCGUCAAAGCCAACCCCAGGACACACCGACUCACGUGGUUUAAAGGAACGCAAGAGAUCCAGCACAAUCCGAGUCAAGGCAUCAUCGUCAGUGACCAGAGCCUAGUCCUUCAGAACGUCAACAGAACCACUGCUGGAGACUACAGCUGUCACGCUUAUAACAGUGAAGGUGGCGCCACCAGCAACUCUGUGUCGCUGCAAGUUAGAUAUGCACCAGUCUGCAAGACAUCAAAUGACGGAGUCGUGUACGGAGCGCUUAAGGAGGAGACAGUCCUUCUAGAUUGUUCUGUAGACUCCAGCCCGCCACCAACCAGCUUCUCUUGGACUUUUAACAGUUCUGGAGAACAAAUGGAACUGGGGUCCAGUCUGUACACAUCGUCUGGCUACUCGUCGACACUUCGCUACACGCCCACCAAGGACAAGCACUACGGGACUGUCCAGUGCUCUGCUACCAACUCUGUGGGCAAACAGAGGGCACCUUGCAUGUACAGAGUCGUUUCUGCCGGUAGACCAAGUGCCUUGCAAAACUGCUCGAUAGUGAACCACAGUUCCAUCGGGUUGCUGGUAGACUGCGCUGAAGGCUUCGAUGGCGGUCUACCGCAGGUGUUCUUCAUGGAAGUACUGGAACUACCGUCUUUAUUAGUCCGUGGCAACGUUUCAUCCAACCACACUCCAACUUUCGAAGUUUAUGGGCUCGAUAGAGGAUCAAGUUACGCUCUUAAUCUGUACGCUGCCAAUGCUAAAGGGAGAAGUGAAGGAGUGACUUUAUACACAGUCGCUUUAAGGUCACCUGAUAAAUAUAUCGGAACCACAACGCCGUUGCCGCUGUCUCCGAUGCUGGUAUCUCUGCUAGCAGUAGCUGCACUGCUAUGUACGGGAAUAUGUGGUGUUAUCACUGCCUUGUAUCGUCGCCAUGUCGCCAGACAACAGUGUGACAAGCAUCCUCCUACUGGCAAUGCGCUCUACCUAGAACGCAGUAUGGAGUCGCUGUCAAAGGAGAACAGUAACACGUAUUGUGGUUCUCCAAAGCUUGACUAUAGUCAGUAUGACAUGAAAUUGGAAGGCAGUGGAGAGAUCGAGUCCGACCCUGACAUCAUACCCUGUCAUUAUGACAAAAGGUCCAGUGAAUUCACGAAGAUUUCCCUAGGAGACCCCGAGGACGGGGUUCACAGGAUAUACAGUGAACACAGUCUCAAUUUGCCACCAAGUGUUUCAUCACAAAGCAUCAGUCUGGUUAAUCGAGGAGUGACGGCAAGGAGUGUGGACAUCGCCGCUGCCCACCAGCGCCCAGAGGUGGUCACCACGGCUCGGAGAGUGCGCGAGAGUUGCAUUUAGACUACUAAUGUUUUAACACGUUCGCUGUGUAUGAACCACAUAAGAGGCAAUAAAUUUAAACUCAUACGUGCAUGUCCCAUAUGUGGGGCACAUUUUUUCUUGCCAUUGUGUGUAUGUAUAUAAAUUCCAAUGUGGUUAUCGAAAAAUAACAUUGCACGUGAGGGGUUGAUAUCUAAUUUUCAUUUACGCAGUGAACGUGUUAAACUAUGACUAUUUAUCUUAAUGAUUUUAUUUCUUAUCCGUACGUAGGAAAAGUUAACAUAAACGAAAGAUCGCAAAAUUCUUACUCGGACCGGAUUAGAAUCCGCAGUUCGUGUAACGGCGGUUACCGGUUAACACGCUCGUCUUGGGUUACUAAAGUUACGGGUUCGAAUCCCGUUCAAUUUACAUGAAUGGGAAAUCGAGAUUUUCGUGGCCCAUUGAAACUCAACUACCUAUUAUAUCCCGAUUAUAGUAUAUUUUUUAAUAAUUAUGGAUUUAUACCGCUUUGAACUUAUAAAAUAAAUCGAUCGCAACGCCAACUGAUCAAUCACAACACAUAAUUUAUUAUCACGUGAUAAUGGACUCGUGAUGGUAAAGCGUUCUUAUUAGCGGAUUUAUUUGAAGGUUACUCCAGUUAUAUUUUGUCAUAGAAAUUAAUGUUUUCUUGUUUUAAUAUUAAAUUAACAUAGUUAAGAAUAGUCUAAGUGAUAAAAUCAACGACUCUUUGUGAAAUGAACAAUUUUAAUACGUAAAAUAUUAUAGUGAUUUAAAAUUAAGUCUAAUUAUAAGGUUGUCAUUAUGUCAUCCGCCCAAAAGUGUUAUUAUUUUAAGUUAUUUAUCUCCUUAGAUAGAUUCUUGGAUUUAUGAAAUAAGUAUCUAAGUUAAGCAACUGUUUUUUUAUUGUAUAUCAUUCCAAUUAUAUUGAUGUGUAUUGUUGUGAUUCUUCAAUAAAACGUCAGGGUUACCAACCUACCUCUUUAAAAUUACCAAACAUGUAGGUACCCUCCCUUGUUAAGCAAUUUCGAAAACAUUUGUCAUUUUAAAUACUUAAAGGUUAUCGCACGUACUCCUUAAACCCCUGCGGCAUGGAUUACUUAUCGAGCGCGAUGUGACACUUAUCACGGAUCUCAAUCAGUAAAUGUACGAAGUUUAUCUAAAUAGACAGCAUACGCUGCGUCUAUUCUCUGUAGACUACAUUAUUUAUCGUGUUUAUGUAGAUAGUGUAACCCAUGCAGCGGAGACAGAUAACUAUCGCCUCGCUUAAAAAUAAAGUUAAUCUCUCAUUAUGCUACGCGACGCAAGCAUGAAAUCUAGCAUGGAUUACUCACUCACCUUUAGAACAUUAUACUAUGCUAUCCGUAAGCACAUGCGUAGCCUGUUACGCCUUUUAACGUAGCAGCCGCGUAGCAGUCAUCGGACUGGCGUAGCACGGCGUAGCGUGGUUGUGUUUAGGUAGAAGCCUUCGAAUGUGAACUUUAUACUAUUGAUUCAUUGUUUGUGUCUUGUAGCGAAGUGCUCUAAAUGAGUCACAAACUUAUCUUACUCUUAAAAGUUUUCUUUUAACGAGUUUUGGUUUUUUUUUUUCUAAGUAUUUAUUUUAUUGAUAGGGUUUUGCUGUAAAUGUCACUUUCAUAGGAUUAAUGAUAAGUGAUCUCUGUGAUUAGUGCCGAUUUGCACUCAUCAUCAUCAUUAUCAGCCUAUUAACGUCCCCACUGCUGGGGCACGGGCCUUCCCUGUGGAUGGAUAGGGAGAUUUGCACGAUUUGCACUAAUGUGUAUAAAAUGAGUAUUUUGCUAGGGUUGUGCAUGUGCGACGAUCUUUAAGCACUAUUUCUAAAUGGCAAAUAAUUUUCAAUUUAAAUAUUGUAAAUAAAUUAAAUUAAACGGUAAUAUAAGAUAUAAGUGUUUAAAUUAUUCAUAAUUAAUAGUAAAUCAAAAUUGAAAUUUGAAAUAUGCACUGAUGAAGUAAAAUGGACGUUACGUUUUAAAAUAAUGUAAGUACGUACUUAGAUAGAUAUAAUAAUUAAUUAAUAGUCUGUACUUGUACAAUUCUUGUUCUCAUUUUAAAUUCAAAAAUAUUUUAUAUUCUGUAAUUAUUUGUUACAUACUAAAACCUUGUAAAUUGUUUAAGUGACAAAAGUGAGAAAAUGUCGUCACGGGCAAUUCUUAUAACAAAACGUUUUUUUAUAAUAAUUUAUUUUUAUAAUGCAAAAAUAAAUAAAUUAAUUUAUUGCCCAAAAGUACUUUGAUCGGAAGAGCAAUUUAUUUUUAAAAUACUUUAUUUUAAAUUUUUUAAUUAAAAAAAGUAAUUUAAACGUUCGUGACGCCAUUUUCAGAGUCCUGUUGGUUGUUGAGAAGAAAAAUUUUCUAUAAAUCGUUGUGCUAGGCAAACCGACUGACAUUAUUACUAUUAUGUUAUUUAAUAAC